AUGAAUACCCCACCUCCUCGUCGACCUGGUCGCCAGAAACGACCGCGAGUUCCUGAUGCGCUCCGCAAGAGAGCCGCCCGCGCGAAAAAUGUACUUUCACCGUCACACUCUGUUGCACCCGCGUUUCCUCCACGUCCUUCGACUGAUCAAGGGCUCGCUUUAGGCCAUGGUGGCGGCCCGCCCUGCGCUCGCUGCCAGCAACACAACCGCACCUGUCACUUCGAAGAUGCUCGACCAAAGCCGUCGGCUAUGCUUGCAGCGCCGUCACAACGUGAAAUUCAAAUGGAACGCAUUAUACGUCACUUCCUGGGCGAUGACAUCUCGCUCGACCCUGCUCGGCUAGAGGAGACUGCCGACUUGCUGGAAAACGGCCGGUAUCGCGGGACUCUUCCAGAGACGCGAGGAAAGGGGGAUGAGGACCAGACAUCGGAGAGCUAUUCGCUGGAGCCAUUGUCAACCAACACCAUGCGUAUGUCUAGGGAAAUGUUCAAAAAAGGGUUAAAUCCCUCGGAUGGAUUCUUUCGCGCUACCGGCCUCCAGUCGGCCAGUUCGUGUGUCGCCUCCGCUAUAGAAUACUUCCCACCUCGUCCUGUUGCUGAAUUCCUCACCAACACAUUUCUCGAGUAUGCACAGACAAAUUACUUCUAUUUUCCUGAAAUUGUCUUUCGGGAGAAGAUGGAUUACUAUUACUCUGUCGACCGACCACUGGUGAUCGAUGAUGCGGGUUGCAUCUGCACACUGUUGAUGACUUUCGCCAUUGGCACUCAAUUUGCAUAUAUGCAAACUUCCUCGACUGAGAAGCCUCCUUUUUCGGAAGACAUUCCUGAUGAUCGCAUUGGAAUGGAUCUAUAUCGGUUCUCGUGUCGCUUGAUCCCUGAUCUCAUCACCACCGCCUCGCUUGAGACUGUGCAGGCCUUUCUAUUAUUGGGCGUGUAUACGUUGCCGAUUGAUACCGCAGGGUUGGCCUAUACGUACUACGGCCUGGCAAUUAAAAUGGCCAUUCAAAACGGAAUGCACCGAAAGCAUAUUUCACCAACGAUUCCACAAGUGAUAGUGGAAUGGCGGAACCGUUUGUGGUGGACAGCGUACACCCUUGAAAGCCGCAUCAGCAUUCUUCAUGGACGUCCUGUAUCUGUCUCUCCCUCAGAAACAGACGCCGAUAUGCCCGCCGACCUGGCUGAGCUACACCCGCCAAGCGGUAUCUCGAAUUUACCAAAUGUUACGGCAGCCAUCCUCUUGACCAAAAAGCUUGAGAAAGUGGCACAGGUUAUCCUCCGACUGCGACGAUGUCCACGUAGUCAUCAAGACACCUAUCUUCACCAAUUAUACAACCUGAGGGCGGACCUGAGCAAGUGGUGGGAUUCACUUCCAAAUACGGUGCACUGCCGCGACCUAGACCCUGCCGGGCCCUUAUUUCGAUGCAAUGUGCAUCUUGAACUACAUUACGCUACUGCAUUAAUAUACAUGGGCCGACCUUUUAUCUUCCUACAAAAGGCUGCGGGUAGUGUUGGGUACGGAUCAGAAACGGAGGGUAGUCGUGCAGAGUCAAUCGAGAAGUUCUCCCGAAACUGCACACAAGCAGCCAUAAGAAUCAUUGACCUCUGUCAGCUGCUGCAUGACUCGGUCGGACUUGCACGCGUGUCAUACACAGAGUUCAGCUCUUGCCGUACCGCUCUGCUGGCUUUGAUUGCGCAGCUCCUGACCGGGUCGUCGGAACCGAUAGGUGGCGCUCUAACGCGAGGCAUGGGCCUGAUCCGCCAGAUCUGUGUAGGACUGGAGUCUGCUCGGUCGGAGGUUGCAGUAAUCGAAGCGCUUGAGCGUGCUCGACAGCAGCUGGAUCACGGCGAACGAAGCCCCUCGGGAGAAGCGCCUGAGACAGGUUAUGAUCAAUUCCAAAAAUGGGCCAAGCUGUGGCGCCUGGGUCCUCUGGGCUCCGAAGCUUUUCCCUCUCCGGGAGGGGUUGAGUCCCCGAAUAAUCCAGGGAGUAUUCCAUCAUUCGACGGGUUUUUCUCAUCGUUCCCCCAGGAGCUUGAUGCCUUUGCGGCGAUUCCUGUCUCCGAGGAUACUGCAGCGCCACCCAGCAUAUGGCCAGUAUCGGAUACGUUCCUCUCAAUCCCUGACAACACGGGCGCUGAAUGGGGGCUUGGUGGGCCUUUAUGA